AACGCCUCCAAAGGCGGUGCUCCAGCUGUAUUUUACAGAGGGGGUUGAUAGGAAUGACUUUAUUUUUUUAUUUUUCCCCCCCUUCACAUAACGUGAAAAAAAAGCAAAGUUCAAAAUUUCCAGGUUUUUGCCCGAAGAGGAACUUACUAGAACAAUAAAAGUCAUUUCUCGUUUAAUAAUUCAACCUUGUUGUAAUUGGAGGAGGAUAUACCACCCGCCCAGAACAGGAUGGCCCAGUGGCAUAGCCUGCAGCAGCUGGACUCGGCGUACCUCCAGAAAGUGGACGAGCUGUAUAUUGGAGAGGACUUCCCCAUGGCUGUGAGGCACUACCUGUCUCCCUGGAUCGAGAGCCAGGACUGGGAGAAAGCUUCCCGGGAUGUGUCGGUAGCGAGCAUCCUGUUCCAGAACCUGCUGGAGAACCUGGAUAUCCAGUACAGCCGCUUCGGCCAGGAGAGCGAAGCCUUUCUGCUGCAGCACAACUUCCGCAGCUUCAAGCAGAACUUCCAGGCAACUUACCAGGACAAUCCACGUGAAAUGGCCAUUAUUAUCAGAAGACUUCUCAUGGAAGAAAAUAACAUAUUAAACGCUGUGCUGCUUGCUCAGCAGGUUCAGAUGUUGCAGGUUCAACAGAACCCCAUGGAGACUGAGAGUCAGCAGGAUAUUCAGAAGAAGAUGCUGGAGCUGAAAAGCAAGGUGCUGGAUAUGGAACAUCAUGUGAACUCCCUGGAGGAGCAGCAAGAUGAAUUUGAUUUCAAGUUCAAGACCCACAAUUUAGAAGGACACACUGAGCAGGAGAAGAGGGAGGAGAUGAAGGUACUCCAGGACCUGCUGAAUAAACUGAAUGAGUCCAGGAAGAACCUCCUGGUGAGCAUAAGGAAUAUCCUGGGGAUCGCAGACUCCUUGCUGGUCUCGCUGGUGAAGGAGGAGCUGGUGGACUGGAGGAGGCGGCAGCAGAAGGCCUGCAUCGGAGCCCCGGAGAACGUGUGCCUCAACCGGCUCGAACAAUGGUUCACUGUGAAUGCAGAGUGUUUGUUUCAUCUCAAGAAGAUCCUGAAGAAGCUGGAGGAGCUGUGUGGGAAGUUGACCUACGAAGGAGACCCUUUCAAGAUGGAGCGGCCGGCCCUGCAGAAGAGAUUGGACCAGCUUCUCACUGAUCUGCUCCAGAGUGCCUUUGUGGUGGAGAGCCAGCCUACCAUUCCUCAAGGGAAGGGACCACUAGCCUUGAGAACCAACGUGCAGUUCUCUGUGAAAACCAGACUUUUGGUGAAAAUCCCGGAAAUGAACCACUUAAUGAAAGUUACAGCCAUGAUCGACAAGGAUAUUCAGCAAGUAAAGGGGUAUCGGAGAUUCAACAUCCUGGGAACGAACAGCAAAGCUCUGAACAUGGCAGAGAGCACCAGCGGGGGUAUGGUAGCUGAGUUUAGACAUCUGACACUCAAAGAACAAAAGGCAGGCAGUGGAGGCAAAGGCAGUAAUGAUGGGGCACUGAGUGUGACAGAGGAGCUUCAUAUCAUUAGUUUUGAAGCUUUGUUUGAACGUCACGGUCUUUCUGUGAAACUCCAGGCCUCCACUUUGCCAGUGGUCAUUAUCUCCAACACCAGCCAGCAGCAGAGUGCAUGGGCCUCAGUGCUGUGGUUCAACAUGCUGUGCACUGACCCCAAGGCCCUGUCUUUCUUCGCCAGCUCUCCCGUCGCUACCUGGCCUCAGCUCUCGGAGAUGUUGAGCUGGCAGUUUCUCUCCCUCACCAAGAGAGGCCUGAAUGAGGAGCAGCUGCGCAUGCUGGCUGAAAAACUCUUCGGUCGCCAGCUGAGCUACGAAAACUGCCGUCUUUCCUGGGCAAGAUUUUCCAAGGAGAACUUUCAAAACAACAACUUCUCAUUCUGGGCCUGGAUUGAUGGGAUACUGACACUGGUCAAGAGCUACCUGGAAGACCUGUGGAAUGAAGGGUACAUCAUGGGGUUUGUGAGCAAAGGGAAAGAGAAGUCUCUGCUCAAGAAACAACAGCACGGCACUUUCCUGCUUCGCUUCAGUGAGAGCUGCAAAGAUGGGGCUAUCACCUUCUCCUGGGUCGACCACUUCUCCAAUGGGAAGAGCAAUGUGCGCUCUGUGCAGCCCUUCACUAAGAACGACCUCUCCCAAAUCCCCUUCGUGGAAAUCCUCCGGAAUUUCCAAAUCCUUGUAGACGAGAACAUUCCAGAGAACCCUCUGAAAUUCCUGUACCCCAACAUCCCCAAAGACGAUGCGCUGUGGAAGUACUAUGCAGAGAAGAACGCAGAUGGAGAAAAUCCUUACAAAGAAUACAUCAAAACUAAACUGAUUGUCAUCUUCACAGACAAACCAAACGACAUUCGGUCAGCUCAGUCUGUGGAUACUAUGAACAGCCCUGUGGGCACUCGCGACUGUCCAGGGGAUGCUGUGCCUCAGGGCAUUACCUACGCACCACAAAACGAAGAAGUGCCUCCUGUAACUGUAGCCUCCGAUGAGCUGCUGACCCUCUCCGAUGAGCUGCUGAAUGAUCCCUGGAUGAGCGUUGAAUUACCGCAAGGCGACACUGACCUGUGCAACAUAGACUUCUCCCUCCAGGCUUUGGAUGAUGACAAUUCAGUUUACUCAACGGUGAAUGACAGUUGUUCAAUAGAGGACCAUCCUUUCACCUCUGAAUUUUUCUGUUCCAACCCCCUUCUCACGCCAGUAACCACAGCCACAACGCCAACACACUUCAGUGGUGUCAGCCAUGACCAGCCGUCACGGUUGCUACACUUUUAAUGUGGAGUUCCAUAGACGGUACUUCACUAAAACUGUGCAUUAACCCUGUAUUACAGUAUAUAACUGGCGUUAAGUGUCUCUCUAGCCCAUCUGCUUGUUUUCAGUAACCUUUUACUCUACGGAUCUAGUUUGGCCAUUUGCAGCACGCUGGAUGUUUUCAGCUGUUUCUUUAAUAGGGAACUUAUUUGAAUUUCAGUGAUGAAAGGUCCCUGUGCUGAGGACCAGCGUAUCCCCUGUUCUCUUGGCUGACCCACUCAUAUUCCAUUGCGUUUGUAAGGUGAUGGAAUUCCCAUUAAAUCCAGAGCCGUCCUUGUAUUCCCAGUUAAUUGAAUCUGAACAUAAAUAUCUAUCCGUAUUUAUUUAUUCCACUGAGUUAUGUUUUAAGUGUCCAGUAGGUGACAGUGGGGAGUAUACCUAGGGUUAGUUCUUGGUGUAAAGCAGGAUUUACUCAAGUAGCCAUCUAGGCAAUUUUGUACCAUUUUAUCAUCCAUUUCAGAAACCAUGAAAAACACAUUGUUUAAAGCUGUGACUGUAAAAGAGUAUACCAUUUUUUAAAGUUCCAUAAAUAAUGUUACUGUUCACGAAACCUCAGUUUUGUGCCUACUGUCUUAAACUGUUUUAUAAAAGUUGACGCAUGUAUAUCAACGCCACCUGCUGGACGUCUAACACAUUUCGGCACCCUCAGAGGACUGUUUAACAUAUUAGUGGAUACCAAAUUAUACACUCGACCUGAUUUAACACAGGGACAUUGUAUGUUUUUUAUUGUUAUUAAGCUCAAAGCACUUUAAAACCAAAGUUGUACGAUCAAAGCUUUUACAUAUUGAAAGAGGGUGGUUAUCACUUU